AUGGAUGAACGUACAAGACAACGAUUAGAGAAGCUGGAAAAUGAGAAUACACUUGUAAACAAAAGCCUUAUUGAGCUUCAAGCUGGGUCAAUGCAUGACAAUUUAAUUUUCUAUAAUAUCCCAGAGACUAGAGAGGAGGAAACAACACCAAUCAUUCAUAAGCUGCUGGAAGAGAAGAUGGGCAUGAAAGAUGCCACAAAAAACAUAAAAAUUGUUAGAUCACACACCUCUGGAGACCAAAACCGUGAGCAAGCAAGCCAUGGCCAAUUAUUGCGAAGUUCAAUUAUCACCAAGACAGGGAGACUAUACGUCAGAAUGCGAUGA